AAUGAGAGCCGGCCUGUGCAAAUGAUGUACCAGGAGGAAAAAUUCCCCUUCAGGUGCAUCCCAGAGUCUAAACUGCAGGUGCUGGAGUUGCCUUACGUAAAGGAGGAGCUCAGCAUGUUGAUCCUUCUUCUAAAUGAAACUCAGGAUGGCUCUGACCCUCUUCUGAAGGUCAGCCAAAGUGGCAUGAUCAAUAAAAGAAAGAGAGUUUUUGAUCAUUUGGAAUACUUUGGUGCUGUGUAUGUUAUUUUUAAUCAUGUAUUUGUUUGAAAGCUGGAGAGUGAGUUGACCCUUGAUAAGCUGCUUGACUGGAGCAGAAGAGACAAAAUGGUCAGAUGGAUGGAUAUCAGAGUCCAUUAACCACACAAACAUUUUGAACAUGCUAGGCUAUGUGUAUAGCGAAAGUCUAUAGCAGCUGAGAGGCUAAGGAAAAGAAAUCCAUGACACAUUACCAUGCAUUCACCUUCUAUGAACAUUUAUUUACACAGCGUAAUAAAUAAAUGCCUUUAGAUGUAUAAAUUCAUGAACAAAUAAGAAGGUUUAAAAACAACUAGAAUGGUCAAAAGAAAGUGAGUGUUCCUGCAACUCACCCCCUCUCUACUUAAGCAGGCCAGACAGAAAACACAACCAAGUAAAUAUCCACCUGCACCCAUGCGACCAAACACACGGAAAUACAUAAUCACAAUACAAAAUAAAAGACAAACAUUUUCUGCACCUACAGUAUGUUUGUCUCAGAUGGCACAGGGACAAAGAUCAUGAAACACUACGUUACCAUUUACUUCUACUUGGCCAACAAAGACUGACUGAGACCAUAUAAACCAAGAUUUGACAAAUGUUAAACUAUCAUGUAACAAGGUUUGCAUUUUCACCAGAUUUGGUUUGUUUUGGUUCCACUAAUGAUGGUUUUGAGACCUCUGUUGGCGACUUUAUGUAAUUACACGUGUAGGUAUAAAUGCGCACCGUCAAGGAAAUAUCAGGCCACAGGAAUAAACAACAUGAAUGCAGCUCUUCGUGUCUGUCUUGUCAUUUGGGUCUCGUCCCGUCUGUUGUUUCUUUACUGCAGUGUCAUGGAGGGUCUCUCUCGUGCUAACAGUCUCUUCGCUCUGGAUCUCUAUCGGACUCUGAGCGCGAGAAACGCUGAGGAAAACAUGUUCUUCUCUCCACUGAGCAUCAGCGCAGCGCUCAGCAUGGUCUACUUGGGAGCCCGAGGAGACACUGCUAAAGAAAUGACAAAGGUUUUGUCUUUCAGUUCUGUUUCUGAUGUUCACUCUCAUUUCGAGACCCUCACCUCAACUAUCAACAGACCAUCAGCCUCCUACAUCCUCAAACUGGCCAACCGCCUCUAUGGAGAGAAAACCUUCAGCUUCUUACCUGAGUAUUUGGACUCCACUCUGAAGCUGUACCACGCUGACCUUCAGGCUGUGGAUUUCAUUGGAGCAUCUGAUGAGUCACGACAGCUCAUUAACAAAUGGGUGGAAGAGCAGACAGAGAAUAAAAUUAAAGAUCUUCUUCAGCCCUGUGACAUAAAUGGGCUGACCCGACUAGUUCUGGUUAACGCCAUCUACUUCAAAGGAACCUGGAUGCACACAUUUGCAGCAUUAAAAACUAGAGAAGUGCCAUUUAAAAUAAACCAGAAUGAGCGCCGGCCUGUGCAAAUGAUGUACCAGAAAGAAAUGUUUCCCUUCAGAUACAUCCCAGAGUAUGACCUUCAGGUGCUGGAGUUACCAUAUGAACAGGAGGAGCUCAGCAUGUUGAUCCUUCUUCCAAAUGAAACUCAGGAUGGCUCUGACCCUCUUCUGAAGCUGGAGAGUGAGUUGACCCUUGACAAGCUCCUUGACUGGACCAAAAGAGACAAAAUGGCCAUACAAAUGGAUAUCGGCAUUCAUUUGCCAAAGUUCAAGUUGGAAGUUGAGAGCUCCUUAUCAGAAACACUACAAGAGAUGGGUAUGAGCUCUGCAUUCCAGAAAAAAAAGGCUGAUCUGACAGGCAUGAGCAGUCAUUGUGGGCUCUUCAUUUCAGCAGUGGUUCACAAAGCUUUUAUUGAGGUGAAUGAGGAAGGCACUGAGGCAGCAGCAGCCACUGCAGUCAUUGUAGAGUGUGACUGUGCUGUCCGGUUUCAAAGUUUCAUAGCAGAUCACCCCUUCAUGUUCUUCAUCAGGCACAACCCCACUAACAGCAUUCUCUUCCUUGGCAGAUUCAGAGGUCCUUCCUAGAAAUGUUUUUGUUUGUUAAACCUAAAUGAAGAAAAGUGUGAUUCUUCGAAUGUUUAUUAAAUAUCAAACCAUAUA